AUGGAAAGAUUAUUCUGCUGCUUUUUGGAGAAGUAUCACAAGGGCAAGAUUGCAAGCUGGAAGACGAGUAAAGAAACACAUAGAGGACCAGUCGAAGGGGGUGGAUUUUGGCUAUAUUUGGAAAAGUUUAGUGACUUGUUUCAGGAACAAGCCAACCAAACCAGCAGUGUCUCUGAGUUCAUCCUCCUGACACUCUCCUCUCGGCCUGAGGACCAAAAGCCACUCUUUAUUCUCUUCCUCACCAUUUACCUGCUCACCGUAUCAGGAAACCUGAUCAUCAUCCUGGCCAACUCUGAUGCCCGUCUCCAGACCCCCAUGUAUUUCUUCUUAAGUUUCUUGUCUUUCACUGACAUUUGCUUCACAACGACCAUCGUCCCCAAGAUGCUAGUGAACUUCCUGUCAGAAAGGAAGACCAUCUCCUAUGCUGGCUGGCUGACACAAAUGUGUUUCACCUAUGCCUUCGGCAACAGUGGCUGCCUUCUGGCAGUCAUGGCCUCUGACUGCUAUGUGGCCAUCUGUGACCCCUUCCACUCCGUCACCUCGAUGAGCCACCGCCUCUGUGUCCUGCUGGUGGCCUUCUCCCACUCGGUUCCUCACCUCUGCUCUCUCCUGCACACACUUCUGCUGAAUCUUCUCACCUUCUGUGACCUCAGUCCCCAAAUGAAGUUGUCCUGCUCCCCCACAUUUGUCAAUGAAAUUGUAGUAAUAACAGAAGGAGCCAUUGUCUUGGUGACUCCCUUUCUAUGCAUCGCUGUGUCUUAUAUCCGAAUCCUUGUCACAGUUCUAAAGAUUCCUUCUGCUUCUGGGAAGCACAAGGCCUUCUCUACCUGUGGUUCUCACUUCACCAUGGUUGCACUCUUUUAUGGAAGCAUCUUCUAUGUGUAUUUGCAGCCCGUGUCCACUUACACUGUCAAGGACCACAUAGCAACAAUAGUCUACACAGUUUUGUCCUCCAUGUUAAAUCCUUUCAUCUACAGCCUGAGAAACAAAGACCUGAAACAGGCCUUGAGGAAGCUCAUCAGCAGGUGGAGCUCCUAG